CGUGCCGGGCGGCGGGGCCGCACUCCGGCCGGGCCGCAGCAGCCCCGGCGCAGCGGUGGCGGCUCCCGGCCCCGGGGUUAUGCGCAGGGGCGAUGUUCCUGCCGGCUGGCGCCAGGCUCCUCCCGCGCUCCGGACGGAGCUCCUUCCUCAGCCUCUUCCUGCUGCUGCUGUUGUGUCCCGGUGGCGGGAGCGCGCCGCGCCGCCGGCCCGCGGGGCCGCCCGUGGUGCUGGUUCCAGGGGACUUAGGUAAUCAGUUGGAAGCAAAGUUGGAUAAGCCAUCAGUGGUGCACUAUCUCUGCUCUAAGAAGACAGACAGUUAUUUUACACUCUGGCUGAAUCUAGAAUUGCUUCUGCCUGUCAUCAUUGACUGCUGGAUUGAUAAUAUCAGGCUGGUGUAUAAUCGAACAAGUAAGAUCACAAAACCACCAGAUGGGGUGGAUAUCAGAGUGCCAGGCUUUGGGCAGACGUUUUCCUUGGAAUUUCUUGACCCAAGUAAAAGGAGUGUUGGAAGUUACUUUUAUAUGUUGGUGCAGAGUUUAGUAGAUUGGGGCUACAAACGUGAUGAAGAUGUAAGAGGAGCACCUUAUGACUGGAGAAAGGCACCAAAUGAGAAUGAAGACUAUUUUGUGGCACUUCGCAAGAUGAUCGAGUUGCUGUACGAGCAGUAUGGGAGCCCUGUUGUGCUGAUUGCCCACAGCAUGGGGAACAUGUACACCCUCUACUUCCUGAACCGCCAGCCCCAGGAUUGGAAGGACAAGUACAUCAAGGAUUAUGUGUCAUUAGGUGCUCCGUGGGGGGGAGUGGCCAAAACUCUGCGUGUGCUGGCCUCAGGUGACAACAACAGAAUCCCUGUUAUCAGUUCCCUCAAGAUCAGAGACCAGCAGAGAUCAGCAGUCUCCACGAGUUGGAUGCUGCCCUACAACUACACGUGGCCUCCAGACAAGGUGUUUGUGAGCACCCCCACAGCCAACUACACACUGAGGGAUUACUGGAAGUUCUACAGGGACAUUAACUUCGAGGAUGGCUGGCUGAUGAGGCAGGACACGGAGCCCCUGGUGUACGCCAUGACGCCGCCCGGCGUGCGCAUCCACUGCCUCUACGGCACGGGCGUGGAAACCCCCGACUCCUUCCACUACGAGAGCUUCCCUGACAGGGAGCCCAAGAUCUUCUACAGCGAUGGGGAUGGUACAGUGAACUUACAGAGUGCCUUGCAGUGUAGAAAGUGGGUGCACAGGCAAGAACAGGAAGUGGUGAUGCUUGAGCUUGCAGGAAACGAGCACAUUCAAAUGCUGUCCAAUGAAACCACGAUCUCCUAUGUGAAAAAGCUGCUCUUUGAUUUGUGAUAACCUUGUGUUGAUAGUUAUUUUCCUCACCUGUGAUGCCUUCCCUUAAAUAUGGGGAAAUGCCUUUUAAUCCCUUGAUAUUUAGAUAUUUGAAUUAUUUAUUUUGCUUUUUUAAAAGGUUGUUUUCAAGUUGCUUGAUAUUCUAAAUGAUUGUUUGUCUCUGAUUUGUGUUCAUGAUGUUUCAUAGUAUUUUCACAUUCUGAAAAUUUUGUUUAAUAUGCAUUUUGGUGCCUCUGGUGUUGUGUCCAAUGGUCAUACAGACUUUCAUUUGGAGACUGUGCAGCCCCUUGCAGUACCACAUGGAGUCAUAAAUCCCAGAGUUCCUUUGUGUGGUCUUUGCAGGUUUGGAGUGGAAGGCUAGGAAGGAUGGCAAUUUUGGAUGCCCAAGGGAAUGGUAUUAACAAUUUGGCAAACACAGUAAGCAUUUUAAAAGGUCUUGCAUAUUCUGAUCCACAGUUCCCAGUGGAUUAGUUUGUAAAUGUGUGUGUCUACUAGGGAAAAUAGGGAAGAGGUCUGCCUGGAACUGUGCUACCAUUGUAAUCCAGGCUUUUAUUUAUUACAGCCUGUGGGGGGGAAAGAUAGAUGUGUGAAUUACUUGAAGCUUCUUUAUUAGGUGCCCUACUGGGUUAUUUUAGAAAGAGGAAAUGGUUUGCUCAUCAACUUCUAGAAUCCUUGAUCACAUACAGUCUGGAGUCUGAGGAGUUCUCAACCUGUGCUUUAUUUCUCAGUGAGGGAAUGAAGCUAAACUGUGAUUGGUGCUUGUGAUAACUUGGACCAGUGUGGAGUCGCACACCAAUCAAAGCUAAUUGAAUACUGGCAGUCUGUAAGGUAUAGAAUUGCAUUUCUGGGUGGAAAACAAUCUCCUGUGGUGGAAAUGAUAAUGGAUGGUAGGCAGUAUUUAAAGAAAAGUGAACUUCUGAAAUAGAGUGGGGAAUGAAAACCAGUAUGGAGUAUAAACCUUGUUCUCAGUCAAACACUUAGGCUCUGAUCCAGUUAUCUGACUAAGCAGUGACUGGAUCAACAUUGCAUUCCACUGAAAAGAAAUUUUUUGCUUUAGGACUAAAAGUAAUUUCCCAUAGAUUACAAGUUUCAUUUUUGAUAUUUGAAGAAGUUGGGACAUGUGGUUCCUUAAGUGUUUCUAUAAACUGCUGAACACGCAGUUCUGUAAUUUCCUACAGUGUUGUUCUACUCAAUGUUAAAAUAGUUAUUUCAGCUCUGACCUCCACAGAAGUUCAGGUCUAAAGGCCAUCAUAUCUACCACUUUGAUUACAGAAGUCCUGUUGGAGAAAUAGUUAUACUCAAAAAUUUUCUCUUGCUUGCUUUAAAACAAAUCACCCAGUUAGACAGUUUUCUAAAAACACAGCUUUGAAUGCUUUCAAAAUGCUAGGUUCUCCAAGAAAAAUAUCUUAAGAGUUGCAGAAACUCAUCAAACUAUUAAGGAUUUGUUACUUAAGAAACUGAAUUUGUCUAAAUGCUAAAGGUUUAACUAUUUUGGUAGCAUGCCUAAAUGUUUUCUGCCACUGGAUAUAUCAAUAAGAUCUGUUGAACUGACGGGCUUGAACUCCUACUAUUGUAGAAUGGAAUCAGGAAGUAGUUUUAAGACUUUAGUUUUAAUUCAGAAAUCUUUUGUUUAUUCAGAACAAUUAGAACUAGAGUCAUCACCAAGCUAAUUAUCUUACUAGGUUUUAACUUCCUUAUGUAGCUUUGUUUCUCCCUCUGCAUUUUUUCCUAGUGCUUGUGUUGAGGGAGUGUAGACGUUUUCCUGAUUUUUAAAAUGGAUCAAUUAUCUUGUCCUCACUUGUCCAGGACCCUAUAGUCCAGCAACAAUAUUGCCUCGACUUUUCCAGAGUAAGUACUGACUUGUCCACAGCCUUUGCAAUGUGUAACUGCUGAGAUUAAAAAACAAAAACCAAAAAAAAAAAAA